AAAACUACUAAGGCAAGACAUCAUGAAGGACUACUGCAUCAGAAAGUAUAACGAUUCUGACUAUAAUAAUGUCCGAGAUAUCUUUGCAAAUGGAAUGAGAGAACAUAUCCCAGCAGCAUACAAAGAAGCCCUGAAACAUCCAAGGAAUGUGCUGAUGUUUACUCUUUUCUUCUGCCUUCUAUUUAUCAUCUCAAAGUCCUUCAUUCUGGUGAUCACAGCUGUCACAUUGUUACUAGUUUUUAUACAGCAGGGUGCCAGCUAUCUUUACACCUCUUAUAUCCAAAUGGUUCUCAUGUCAGAUUUGCUUGAUAUUAGGAAAGUCUAUAUGGACAGUGAGCGCUCCUGCUUUUGGGUGGCAGAGUGUUAUGGCAACAUUAUUGCUACUGCCGCAGCUGCUCCAACAGAAAUAGAAAGUGAGGUGGAACUAAAGCGCUUGUCCGUGAGAAGAGCAUUCCGUGGCCGUGGAAUCGCCAAGGCAUUGUGCAGGACAGUGAUUGGUUUUGCUAAGCAGAAAGGCUACAAAUCAGUUAUACUAGAAGUUAGUUUUCCACAGUAUGAUGCAUGCAAGCUGUACAAUGGACUAGGAUUCGUCAAGGCAGAAGAAUUCAUUUUUCCAACAGCCUUAGGAAAACUAUGUCAACUUAAAGUUAUGAAAUAUAGGUAUAACAUUCCAUCUAAUUCUGGAUGAACAUGGCAGUGGCUCCUAACUUUUGCAUCUUGUUUUUGGAGAAUAAUUCUUUAUCUGGGUGAAAGAUAAUGUGAUACUUCCAACAACAUUGUCCUAAUUAAACUCUGAGGUCUAGAUACUCAAACAGAAAAGGAUCACUUUCAGCUGAGAGUCUUUCCAGAUCAAAAACAAAUCCAAGGGGUAUCAUAAUAUAACUAUUCUCUAUAAAAUAAUUGCUAUUGUAAAGGUACUUUAGUGACAGAGGUCAUGCCUGAAAAAUAUUUAGAAUGCUAAUUGUGAAAGAGCUAUUAAAACCGCAAGGAAAAAUAGAAAAGGCAAACAUCAAUACAAUGAAAAGUAAAUCCUGGAAGUUUACAUUGUUUAUUGUUCUUCAUAGUCUUGUAUUUCAUUUUGUCUGAAUGUACACUAUUACAUCUCAGAACUACAUUUUUCAAAGAAGUAAUUGUUUCAAUUACAUUUUGUCUGAAUGUACACUAUUACAUCUCAGCAGAAUUACUGUAAUUACAUUUUUCAAAGAUGUAAUUGUUUAAUAUUCUGAGGUACAUAUCACUGGCAUUACAAUCUAAAGGUUCUACCACAAAUCUAAUAUGACAGAAGCUUGGCAUCAGUUAAAACGAAACACACAUGGCACAAGUUUCUGUUUAUUAAACCAUUUCCUUUUGCAUAUUCGGAUUAAAACAAGAACUUGGGUUGCUACUGUUUUACUUUCUUCCAUCCUGUGUCAGCACAUGAGAUUAGAAUGUGAUGAAGUCGCAUCAUAUUUACUGAAACACUGAUACUGCGUUCUGAGCAUGCAAGACAAGACCACUGUUGGCUGAUUCAAAAGAUGUAGUUAUAUAGUUUACAUUAUUAUUAAUUCUUUUUAUAUAUGACAUGUCCCGCAUUGCAUGAUGACUCACUUAUUAUUCUCUCUGACAAACCCAGGUCCUAGGUUCAGUUCUCACCUCUACCUACUAUCUAUGACAAGCCUGCCUGUUCUCCUCAUAUUUAUUGGGUUUUCCAUGUACUUCAUUUUGUGAACUGAGACAUGGUUGAAAUGGGAAUUUCUAGAAUAAUUUCAAUUACCUGAUUAAAAAAUAAAAUAUUUUGUUAUUGA